AACAUUGUCAAUUUUUGACAGAAUUAACCAUACAUUACAAAAAUCAAACAAUUUAAAAGUUGUUUUAUUUAUAUAGAUGUUAUAGAAGCUUAAUAUAUUUUGAAGGAAUUAAAAACAAAAUGAACAAGCAACUGCUUAAACCAAUCACUCCACUUAUAUCUCUAUCUAGAUCAAGAGGUUAUAAGCCUCCAGGAGGAAUUAGAUAUCCAGGCGGAAUUACUUUUUAUCCGAGACAUCCAAACCACAAGGACCCUGAAUAUACACCAACAAAGCUAUUUCGAGUAGAACAGAUAAAAUCUAGUAAAUUUCAUCCAUGGUGGGAGAAAAAAAUCUUAGAAGAACUGAAAGUGGAUAUGUUUCAGAGUAAAGUAGCUAUUGUCAAAAAUAUACCCGAAAUGAAUGCCAAGUUAUGGAAAGUUAAACAUUUAAUCAAAGUAACACCUAUCACUUUCCCAUAUGGUGAACCAAAAGAGGAGGAUAUAAAGUAUACUAAACUGAGAGAAAACGGGGAAUGCAUUGUAACAAAGACUUUACAGCCCAAUGAGAAACAAUUAGAGGCUUUAGAAUCUUUUGAAAAGAACCCAAGGAAAAUGGAUUCAGAAACAAUUAAGAGGGAUACCAGGUUUAAAUGGAAUAAUGCAUUCACUGGUGGAUUUUAAACAAAUGAAUAAGUGAAAGUAGAAAAUAAAAAAUAGACUUAUUAACUGAA